GUCAACAGUUUGAAUAGACACUGUAUUAGCAACCUGUAACCAGAUAACGUGGACACUGAGCAAAGGUCUCCGUAUAAAUGCAGCUGAAGCCGGUGUGUUGAGGAUGAUGGGCGGACUGGUCCGCUCGCACGCUGGAAGCUCCGCCCGUUAGCCGUGCGUCUCCUCAGCCCUCAUUCAAAACAGAACACAGCUGUUGCGAGGCGCAUCGUCGUGACCCGAACGUUAGCACCCAAAAACUGUUAGCUGUCUGCUGCCGUCUUCUGCUGGCCUCUGAUGUGCCCACUGGAAUAUCAGCACAAGAAAGAAGAAAACGGUGCACUUCGCAUGAUAACGACGUGGAGGGGAUGAGGAGAUCUUAGCCCCCUGCCUGAUGGCUGAAGGCCAAAGAGUGUCUGCCAGCAUGCAGCACUUUGUCUUCAGCCAGCCGGAGCCCCACACAGUCCAUCACACAGGCGUUUAUGUCUUAGAGUAGUGAGACACCUACUGGCUAAUACGGCAGGAGCCAGCCUCAGAGAAAGACGGGACUCGAUAGACAAAGACAGCAAUACAGAGCAACAGGCUAACAUCACGUCCAACACUAUGCGCAUUUGACACACAACUGAGGGCCGGCCGGGCUUUGCUGCAGCUGAGGAUGAUGAAUGGUCUCCUGCGCUAGAGCUAGAGGGUGUGGGAAUGAUGGACCUCCCUAAUGGUCAAUCAAGCAUCACCACCACCGUUGCAACAUUGUCUGAGAAGAGCAGCAGCUCAGAAUCUCUCAGCGAUAAGGGUUCUUCAGACCUGAAGAAGAGUUUUGAUGCUGUCGUGUUUGACGUGCUGAAGGUCACCCCUGAAGAAUAUGCAGGCCAGAUUACACUCAUGGAUGCUCCUGUGUUCAAAGCCAUCCAGCCAGAGGAGCUGUCGAGUUGCGGCUGGAACAAGAAGGAGAAGCACAGCUCUGCUCCGAAUGUCGUGGCCUUCACUCGCAGGUUCAACCAGACAAGUUUUUGGGUGGUACGAGAGAUCCUCCAUGCACAGACGUUGAAGAUCAGAGCUGAAGUACUGAGUCUGUACAUUCGCACUGCCAAGAAACUCUGUGACAUGAACAACCUCCACGCAGUCAUGGCUGUGGUUUCUGCGUUACAAAGUGCUCCCAUCUUCAGACUUACCAAAACAUGGGCGUUACUGAGUCGGAAGGACAAGGCCACAUUUGAUCGGCUCGACUACCUGAUGUCUAAAGAAGACAACUAUAAACGUCUGAGAGACUUCAUAAGCAGCCAAAGCAUGGUUUCCUGUAUACCAUACUUAGGGAUGUACCUGUACGAUCUGACAUAUAUAGACUCGGCCUAUCCCUCCACGGGCAGCAUACUGGAGAACGAACAGAGAUCAAACCUGAUGAACAACAUUCUCAGAAUCAUAUCGGACCUGCAGAGAUCCUGUACCUACGAUGUACCAGUGUUGCCUCAUGUACAGAAGUAUCUCAACUCAGUCAGGUAUAUCGAGGAGCUGCAGAAGUUUGUGGAGGACGACAAUUACAAGUUGUCACAGAAGAUCGAGCCGGGCACCAGCACACCACGAGCAAACGCAUCCAAAGAGGAUCUCGUCGGCCAGGAAGCUUCAGCAUCUCCUCUCUGUGGUCGUAAAUGUACGAUAGCAGCUGAAGGAAACAAAGUCCCAGCCACACCGCCCUCACCCAGGAACCUGCUGCCAUACGGACACAGGAAGUGCCACAGCCUGGGCUACAAUUUUAUCCAUAAGAUGAAUACUGUGGAGUUUAAAAGUGCUACGUUCCCCAAUGCUGGUUCUCGCCAUCUGUUGGACGACAGUGUGAUGGAGAGCCACAGUCCCACCCGAGGACAAGCGGAGAGCUCAACUCUGUCCAGCGGUAUUUCACUUGGGAGCAGCGAGGGUUCUGAGCUCAGCGAGGAGGUGUCUUGGCCAGCAUUUGAGAGGACUCGCUUCUAUCACUCUCUGGGCCCAGUGACCCGUGUGGCCCGCAUCCCCUACAGAGGAGUCCUGAGGCCCAGCAGCUCAGCGGAGUCAGAGGAGCUCGCAGUUCACUUGUAUCCUGGAGCGGUCACAGUGCAGGGGGUGUUGAGACGGAAGACCGUGCUCAAGGAGGGCAAGAAACCAACAGUGGCGUCAUGGACCAAAUACUGGGUUGCUCUUUGCGGAGCCCAGCUCUACUAUUACCCUGCCAAGUCCCUGAAGGCCACUGAGAGAAAACAUUUCAAGUCGACGUCCAGUAAGAGCGUGUGUGUGGUGGGUCUCAUGGCCAUGAUGGCUGAUGAUCCUGAGCAUCCUGAUGUGUUCUUGCUGACCGACUCAGAGCAUGGUAACACCUACAAGUACCAGGCAGGGAACAGAAUGAACGCUCUGCUCUGGUUCAAACAUCUGAGUGCUGCCUGUCAGAGCAAUAGGCAACAGGUGCCAGCCAACCUGAUGUCAUUCGAGUGAUGCUGAGGAGUGAGCGACAGAGAGAGCGAUGAGGAACCAGAAGGAGGAGGAGGAGGAGGAGGAUGAGGAGGAGUGUUGACUCAGUAGUGGGAGCUUUCACUGCCAUGAGCCCUGAUUCUAGCCCCGGCCUCACUGCAGCCUCACCUGCCACCACUGCCUUAACCAGAGUACCGUGUGUGUGUGUGUGUGUGUGUGUGUGUGUGUGUGUGUGUGUGUGUAUGUGUAUGUGUGCAAGUAUAUGUGUGUGAGUGCGAAUGGAGGUGACUGUUUUUGGAUGUACUGACUACUGAUCAAGGACCUGCACCACUGCUCUUGUCUCCCAUUUGCUCUCUUGUGUCUCGUUUAUUUGACUGUUAAGCACUUCAGCGGAGUCAUUCGACUUCUCCUCUCCUCUCUCACCAGACGGACAGAAAUAACCUUUCCUCUUGUCCUCUUGUCUUUUACUAAGGGGGCUAACUACUUUUUAUUUGUGUGCCCCGCCAUGCAUGAAUGCAACAUUUUUUUUUUUUUUUUUAAAAAUUGGCCGGACACACAAUUGCAGCGAGCACACUCACAUCGGACUAACCCAUCAGACUUUUGAGGGUUUGAAAAUACUUUUUUUUCUCUUUUCUGUUUUUUACACUUUAAAUUGUUGGCCUCUUCACUCACGUGAGUUGAUUUGGAGGUUGCAGGAUUACUUCUUGAGCCACUCGCUCACUUUUCUUGCACACACACAGGCCUGGUUCGAUCGCAUCGUAAGGGCUCUGAUUCGCAAUCGAUUCCAGCAGAAACAAUUCCCACACUUCCUGAAUGUGUCCAGUUUUUAUUACAGAACUUAGCCGCCCCCUCCCUUUUUUGUCAUAUACUCGCUAAGUGUUCUGUACGUAUGCGUAUGUGUGUGUUUGUAUAACUGCAUUGGGUGAGGAAGGGUGGGGGUUGCUUAAAUGACAGGAAUCUUGUCUGUUUUCAGUAAGGUACGAUAAUCCCAGAAUCUAAGCUAAGACGUGAUCACGGUUGGGUAGGCAAGAAGAGUUCAUCCUUUUACAAACCUGUAUUUUCCUCCAGUGUUGUCUGCUCUCAGAAAAAGUGACACUCGGUUCACCAGACUCACACACACUCACAAACACACUACAAAACUGAAACCUUGAAAGAGUCAAAGAGAGAGCAACCAGAACUCAUAACACAUGAUUUUAUCUCCUCUUCUUCUUGUUGCUGAAUAUGUUUAGAGCCUCUGGUCUGGAGCGGACAUUCGAAGCUACCUGGAGCCAUACAGAAUCUAUUUUAAAUCUCGUUUGUUUGUAUUGUUUUGUGUUGUUACAGUUCUCUUUUUUUAUUUUUUUGGGAGGGAUGGUGCAGUUCACAGUAUUACCAUGUAGUAGAUGAUUGCACGUCAAUGUAGUUUUGUCUGUUACAACUGAAUGUUACAUUUUUUUGUGUGUUUUUUUUUUUCUCCCUUUUUGGAGCAAUUACUUUGAAUAUUUUAUGUACAUGUGAAUUUAAUUUUUUUUUCUAUUUUUGUUUUGUUAGCCCCUCAUUCUAUUAACCAGCUUAAUCUUAGGCCCUCACCUUGUUACAUCUGAUUUGGAAUAGCAUGAGCUCCUUGGUUAUAAUUAGUGCCAAGUGAUGAAAUGUCACUCUUUUUCUUCCGGUUGAUGAAACGUUAGGAUGGAUAGAGCAGAUGUUGGUGUGCGUCACAGAUGUUUCGGGGAGCCACAAAAAGACUUUCAGUGUUUUUUUUUCCGUUGGGAGCGAAGUGCACCCAAAUUAACAAACACAAUCGGAAUGAUGGAAAGUUUCUCCCCAGUACUAUUCAUCAAUCUAAUCUUUUUAAAAUAUUUUGUUUACAUUGUAUGUUUACACAAUCUUUUGCCCAAAAAUCACAAUCAGUCCUCCGCUUGUACAUGAUGACACUUAGGAGAUGCUUUGCAGCAUGUAGAAACAGUUGUCCCACCUGUUAAUGGGGUAUGUUAAGUUCAGAGUUAGUUGUUUUAAAGGGUUGGUGGGAUGGAAAGGUGAACAUAUCCAGACUCACUGCUUCAGUCAACCCCCUUCUCCAGAUUGAUAUACAGUCCUUACGGUCACACUCCUGCAUUCAAACUGUCCUCAGCACAAUAUACAAGACAUCAGCUAAGCUUUUAAAGGGUAACUCCACCAAUAUUACACUUUGAAGUGAGUUAAUAGAUCUUGGGGAGUACUAUUGCAUAUGUGGUGCCGAAGGAAGCUGCAUGUAAUCUGAUAAACUGCCUCCAGUGGAGUCAGUCAGUGGCCAAAUUGCAUUGUGGGUAAUGUAAUGCACCAGGAUUUGAAAAGGAACAAUGCUGUGUGGUUCUGUUGUAUUGAUUUUGAUCAUUUACUUUUAAACUCUUCCUAUGAUGUCCAACAGUUUCAUGAGUGUAAUGCUCAACCAGUGGACUUCUUCUCAAAACCUUGAGCCUACAUUACCCAGAAUGCACCUCAGCUGCUGAGUGACGUACCUUUAGGCAGUUUAUCAGAUAACACGCAGCUGCUUCAUAGUACUUUUUUCAUAUAAACAGCAGCACUCCUCAAGACCUGUCAACACACUUUAAUGUGUGACAUUGGUCGACCUUGCCAUUGAGGUCCAACAAUCAGAGUUCAGUGUGUAUAGAAAGAUGUCUGGUCCUUUUUAUAUAUGAACUGAAGGAGAGAUGGUAGUGGGUGAACCUGUGGAAGAAUGAAUGAGGAAGCCAAAGACAGGCAUAAUGUAAUGCGGAAGUUACUUAAAAUACGUGUGAGCAUUUGUGUGCCUGUGCAUACUUCUCUAUUUUUAUAGAAAAACAACAACAAAAAAACACACACAUUGUUAAGGAAACCAGACUCCGUAGAGGCUGAGGUGACUGCCAGCUGUUGCCACAACUACAUGCUGGCUUGUGUUUCUACCAGAAGUGUGAAGAAAAGGAGGACUUUGGGAAAACUGCAUUCAUCUGUGUCCACUUGUGGCCUGUGAAAGAGCUUUUUUAAUGCCACAUUAUGGAGCAGAGAGUGUUUGAAGUGACAAAAUCCCAGAGCUGAAGCACCGCAGAGGUCGAGUCUGAUUGGUCGGCCGGUGGACAAAGAGGGUCUGUGAAUUAAAUAAGUGAAAUUGGUAAGACAGAGUUUUGGUUUUUGCGGGGGGGAUGGUUUACAGACUGUUUACCUGAGUACAUCUACAGAUGGUGAAUUGGUUCAUCUCUUCACUUACGAACUCAGAUGAGGUGAACUUGCUGUCAUUUUGCAGUAUGCUGACAAUUUGGCGUAGAGAAGCAAAACAAAUAAGUCUAAAUGAAAGUAGAUGAGAUGUGAACAAUCCCAAUGUAGACGGUCAGCAUUCCUUUCUCACGUCCACUCUUUCUACUUGAUUCAUCUGGUGUGAAUGGAGAAUGGCAAAAGAAAGAGACAAAUGAAUCUGAGUUUUAAACGUUACCUGAAUUUUUUGGGGGGCAUCUUGGGAGGUUUAUUUGGGUGUCUGGGUUUAACAAGUCUUUUUCUGGAGAAAAAAAAAACCCCCAGAUCAUGUUGAGCGCUUUGUGUGAGGUUUUCCUCACUGUAAUCUGAGUUUACAUGAUUUUCUCUCUUUUUUUUAAUUAUCAUUUCUGUACAGUGUAUGGUCAAAAUAACGGAAAUACAUGUUUCAUUUCAGUCAACUCAUUUCUUGGAGGUCACGUCCAAAACAUAAUAACCCCACAAUCAUCCUUAUUGGAAAGAGAGUGGAAAAAAAUUCAAAUGUGUGGCGCACCUUGUUUAACAUAAUCAUUGGUUAUUACAAAGAUGCCAUGCUUGAAAAUUCCUCUUUCUGUGGUGAAUGUUCACAUCGUCUCCUUUAAAUUGACCAUACUGUCUACAAAUGCACAAUUUUGCCCUGUAUUAACUGUGUUUUGAGUGAAUCUGCUUUGUGAGUUAAUUCUGUUUAACGGUCAUGAUAGUCGAGAUGAAGGGUUCAGCCGGAGGAAGGGUGUGAUUAUACAACUGGUUUGGUGGAGAAUCAAUGUGAAUCUGUGCCUCCCGUGUCGCAGGACAGGCAUCAUUCACUGUUUACCAAGGACUUCAACAAGAAUCUUCGUCCGAGCAUCUGAAGGUGAAGAGGUUGAUGUGUAAAUGACCUUCAACCCUCACCCUUUACCUGACUCUGUGUGUGUGUGUGUGUCUGUCUCUGCCUGUGUCCUGACUGUGGCGAGCGCUGUGACCUCACGGCUGAGUGAUGCGCUGCCUGGUGUGAAGACUGAGAACCAAUAAACACUCUGCCCUUUUUUACUCCA